GAGUAAAAAGAAAUCCAUAGCAAUUAAUAAUAAAGAGUUGGCAGCAGUGCUUGGAAAACUGGCAUGGUUUUUGGAGGCUGGCAGUUCAAAGUUGAAACGUCAGAAAUGACUCCAAUAGACUGUUGAGAUGAUCAUUACGGGAGACUUAGAUCGGAUGGCAGAAGAGUUCGGGCAUCCAGGUGGCACUCUGAAGACAAUGCUGGAUGCCAUGGAAGUCCCGAGUCACGCUAGGCACCUCCUCCUUCAGCUGAAUACGCAACGCACCAAGGGCUUCCUGUGUGAUGUCAUCAUCGUGGUGCAGAACGCCCUCUUCCGAGCGCACAAGAACAUCCUGGCCGCCAGCAGCCUCUACCUGAAGUCCCUGGUCGUCCAUGACAACCUCAUCAACCUGGACCACGAGAUGGUGAGCCCGGGCGUCUUCCGGGUCAUCCUGGACUACAUCUACACGGGCCGGCUGAAUGAGGGCGACCAGGCGUCCGGCUCCGAGCCCAGCCUGGGAGCGGUGCUGGCGGCCGCCAGCUACCUGCAGCUGCUGGACCUGGUGGCGCUGUGCAGGAAGAAGCUGAAGAGGAACGGGAAGUACCACCUGCGGCCCACGUCGGGCUUCUCCCCGUACGCCAAGCUUGGCGUCGGGGUCGGCGGAGCCGGCCGGUACCGGGUGUCUACCCCUGUCAUCCAGUCCUGCUUCCCCGGGGGGGUGGUGAACAGGGCCCCCCCUUCUGAGGAGCUGCCGCCCCACCCUCUCACCACUCACGUGGGGGAGCUGUACGCGCCCCCGUCCUCUCAGGGCCCCCAGAUCUACCCCGCGCCCACCCCGGUCCUGCCGGCCCUGCUGCCCCAGCCCAGCCUGCGGCCGCCCGGCCCCGAGAGGGAAUGCUCGCCCCUCUACGGGCUGGACCUGUCCAAGAAGAGCCCCGACUCGCAGUCCCAGCCGGCCUCCUCCUACCCCGCCCUGUCUCACUCCCUCCUGCAUCAGGACGAGGGCCGCGGCAGCCCCGCCCCUCCCGGCACCAACGGCGGCUCGCACCCCCAGGGCAAGGACCUCUCCGGGGACAUGGAGACGGACGAGUACAAGGGCUCCCUCUCCUCCCAGCUCUCCCACCCCCACCUCAACCAGCAGCUCACCCCCCGCCUCCCGCACCUGCAUCGCUCGGACUCUCGCGGACAGGACCCCUACCCCUGCCCGCCCAGCGACGCCUCCGAGACCGCGGGCGACGGGGGCGACCCGGGCGGCGAGGGGGGCAAGGUGUACCGCUGGGUGAAGGCCGAGCGGCUCUACCCAGCUGAGGACGACGAGGAAGACGAGGACGAGGAGGAUGAGGAGGAGGACGGGGGCGAGCGGGCGAAGGAGCCCAACCACCGGCACCACAACCACCACAAGAACGGCGAGCACAAGCUGGGCCUGGGCCGGGCGGGGUACGGAGGCGUGGCCUGCGAGGGGGAGGACGAGAAGAGCGGCUCGGCCAGCGAGGAGACGGGCAGCAGCGAGGGCCGCCCCUCGCCCCUGGGCGCCCUGGAGAGGUUCCACAUGCCCUACGAGCCGGAGAGCUUCGGGGACAACCUGUACGUGUGCAUCCCCUGCGACAAGGGCUUCCCCAGCUCCGAGCAGCUCAACGCCCACGUGGAGACGCACACGGAGGAGGAGCUGUACGGCCACUCCGGCGGCGAGCUGGGCGGCAGCAACGGCCACAACAACAGCGGCAACACUACCAACGGCAGCAUGGGUGGGGCCGGGGGCGGGGCCGGAGGAGGGGGCAGCGGCCUCAACAGCCUGUCGGCCCCCGCGGGGCUGACGCCGACGGGCGUGAGCGAGACCAUCCGGCCUUACCGCUGCUCGUCCUGCGAGAAGUCCUACAAGGACCCGGCGACGCUGCGCCAGCACGAGAAGAGCCACUGGCUGACCCGGCCGUACCCCUGCAGCAUCUGCGGCAAGAAGUUCACGCAGCGCGGCACCAUGACCCGCCACAUGCGCAGCCACCUGGGCCUCAAGCCCUUCGCCUGCGACGCCUGCGGCAUGCGCUUCACCCGGCAGUACCGGCUGACCGAGCACAUGCGCAUCCACUCGGGCGAGAAGCCCUACGAGUGCCAGGUGUGCGGGGGCAAGUUCGCCCAGCAGCGCAACCUCAUCAGCCACAUGAAGAUGCACAGCGCCGGCGGCGGCGGCGUGGCCGACGGCAAGCUCAAGAUGGACUUCUCCGAGGGCAUCUACCCGCUCAGUAAGUAUGCGGCCGAGCACCUGGGGCUGAAGCCGGAGAAGGCGUCCGUGCUGCUGGCCCAGGCCUCCCAGCAGCUGCUGGGCGACCCCAAGGCCAUGGAGAGCCUGUACCCGCUGUCCAAGCUGGCCGCUGAGCAUCUGGGGCUCAUCCACGACAAAAUGGAAUCCCUGCGGCCGCCGCUGCCCCCGCCCCCGCCGUCCCAGCCCCUGUCCUCUGAGCCGCGCCCCAUCGACCGCUACUCCCCCAGCUAG